UAAAAGGUUUUAUUUUAGUCAGUGAUUAAGUGAUGAUUUUUUGAUCGGUCAAACGUGUCACAACUCCGAUAGAUUUUAACUAACACUGGUUAAUAUUGAUGAAUUAAAAAAGUUUCGUAUUUUCACGUUCUUACUAUUUGUACUAUUUGUCAAGAGUAAACAGUUUUUAACAAAUUGUAAUGUCUUCUUCACAAAACAAAACCCGGAAGCGCAAGUGGGAUCUUGAUGAUCAAGGAAAGAAAGCACCCCCUUCUUCAACUACUGCGCCUACAUCAAAAUCGAUAAAAGUAGAAGCUAUUAGUGAUCCAGAUGUGUCUGAAUCUAAAGUUUCCUCAAAUACACCAAAUUCCGAAACAAACGAUCCUAAUCGUGCUGCAGCCGCUGCUGCAGCAAAAAUAAAUGCAAUGCUCGCUGCUAAAGGCAUUCAGGUUCCAAUGAAAUCAGUGGUAGUACCUAAAGCUGAAGCCGCUGAUAGUGGUAGUGGUGAGGAUUCUAAACACAUCAAGCAGGUUACCAAGGAGACUGAUAUGGAAUUUACUACGGAUAUUACAAUCAAUGAUUGUAAAAAUAGAUAUCUUUUGACUAAAGGUUCGACUCAACAAACGAUCCAAAAAGAAACUGGUGCAGAUGUGACAACUCGUGGAAAAUAUUACCCUGAUAAACAACUUGCUACCGAAAAGGAUCCUCCUCUUUUUUUGCACGUGACAGCAUCAACUCGUGAGGCCUUAAACGCAGCAGUUAAGAAAAUAAAUGAGUUAAUGGAACAAUCUUUUACUCCUGCUCCGCCUUCAACAACGCCUCGUCCACCCGGUUCUCAUCCAGGAGGAAGACAAUUUGUUCAAGAUAAAGUGUUUAUUGGCAUCGAACCUGAUCGUACUUUUAAUGCGCGAGCAAAAAUUGUAGGACCACAAGGUGCUUACGUUAAGCAUAUUCAGCAAGAGACUGGAGCAAAAGUACAGCUUAAAGGUCGUGGAUCUGGCUACGUUGAACCCACAUCGGGAACUGAAGCUUUCGAGCCAUUGCAUAUUCAUAUCACAUGUUGGAGUCAAGAAGGACUUGAUAAAGCUAAGAAAUUAUGUGAAGAUCUUAUAAAUACAGUGAAGGCGGAAUGGGAUAGACAUAAAGCACAACAAGCUGCAUAUCCUUCCUACGGAAGAUCACCAUAUCCUCGUCCGCCUGCUUAUGGGCCUCCACCUCCAAUCGCAGGGUCUUACCCUCCACCACCUGCUAAUCCUCCUUUGCCCAGUGGGCCACCACCGCCAAUUAGCGGUAAUCCACCACCCCUGCCACAACCUCCGCCACCACCUCUUAUAUCUACGUCGGCCCAAAACACUUCUUCGCAGCCUCCUUUACCCUCUUAUCCACCACCACCACCACCUUCACAGCCUUCUUCAACCUCUGCAUCAACCCCUGCAUCAACCUCUGCAUCAACCUCUGCAUCAACGUCCGUAACAACAAGUUCUUCACCUACCAUAGCUUCAAAUCCAUAUAAUAAUAGUAAUACAAGUUCUUAUGGAACAAACACAAAUAAUGCGUACUCAACUAGUAGCGCUAGCUAUAAUCCAUACAAUCCAUAUAAUCAAUCUCGGUACUACCAAUAUUCUCAGUAUAAUUAUUAUUCACAGGUUACUCAACCUGCCACACAGACCGAUGCAAGUAAUUAUUACGGUUAUACGGGUUAUCCUACGGGUUAUCAGACCUCAACUGGAUAUCAAACCACAUCUACGACAGCCCCACUUCCGCCGGUGACAUCUUCAGCUGUGACAAACACAUCAUCAUCUGCCUACGAGGAUAAAAAGCAAACUGAAUCUUAUCAUGCUGUACCACCACCAGAUUUUUAUGAUAAUGAGGUUGGUAAAUAAUAAUAAUGCAAAGCUUUUAAAUUGUAUUUAUCUGGUUCUUUUAUUAUUUUUCUAUUAUAUUUUAUUUUUUGGUGAGGGUAAUGGCUGUUUGUGUUGGUUUGAUAUUUCUAAAAGACUCGAAAAGGGAGGGUUGGGAUUUCGCGUGAGAAACGGUGCGCAGAUGCGCACGCUACUUACAUUGUAAGUUUUUUUCUUCUUUUAGAGGUGAAAAUUAACCGAAUAAGCAAAGACUUGGUUUUGUUUCUUAUUUUGUACGAAAAAAAGGAAACUAGACAGGUCUCCACUCAAACCUUUGGCUACAGAAAAUCGUAUAAUUUUUUGUUUUGCCGUUUGUUAAAGAAACGAUGCGUUUUUAAACUAAACAAAUCGAUUAAGUUUAUUUUAGAAUCUUGAAAAUAUGGACAAGUCUAAAAACGAUUCGCGUAAUAUUUACUCUUAAUAUUGUCUUAGUUAUAUUUUCCUUUCAAACGUAUAUUCCCAUGAUCCUCAG